CACAAUUUUUCCUUUUAAACUCCAAUUUCGUUGGCCAAAAUCCAAAAUUUCUUCGGUCCACAACCAUCAUAUACCAAUCCUUGUAUCUUGUGACCUGCAAAAUCUCUCUCAACAGCACAACCACAAUUGAUCUUGAUCAGAAAAAGGAAGAAGAAAAACAAUUUGCUUCCAAAAAUGAUUACCCAUCUUUGUUCUCUUCGUCAAUCUCCGACCUCCCCCUUCGUCUCAACUUUUCUGAGCUCUUCUCCUUCUUCUUACCCAAAUUUCGGAGCAAUCCCUCGCCGGAUUUCCGUGGAGCCCUGCCGUCUCAGAAAUGGGAUUAUCUGCGGGGCGAUUUUGCCUGUGGAUCCAUGGGCGCCCAACAUUGAUUCUCAGAGCAUAGCCUCACAGGUUUUCGCCUUUUCCCUAUUUCCUUACAUUGGUUUCUUGUACUUCAUCACCAAAUCCAAGACUGCUCCUAAGCUCACUCUCUUCGGUUUCUAUUUCUUGCUUGCCUUCGUCGGCGCUACUAGUUUGGCUUUUGCUGCUCCCACAACUGUGCAGUCCCUGCUGGAAUAUAUGCAAAGGUUCAAUAUGGAACUUCUUUGUCUAAUGUUGAUUGGUUACAUGGAGGGGCUGAAUCUCUUCUCACCCUAACAAAUUUAUUCAUUGUGUUGGGUUUGAGAGGAGCUCUUAGGAAAUCUGAGGAGGCCGAAAACUCUACAUCCUCAACUGUUCUAGAGUUGGAAAAGGAGAAGUCUUGAGUUAUUUUUUUCUUCUCCCUAUAAGAUAAUUAGGUGAUUGUAUUUUUGUAACCUUUUGUUGAAAUAUUUGUUUAUAUGGGCAUCGCCCCGUAAAUAUAGGAUGAAAAAUUGAGCAACGUUAAAAA